GGAAAGUCGAUAUGUCGGCAGAGGUACAACCUAACUCGGCUAGAGCGUAAUUGGUUUCUCAAGAAAGUGACUGGGGGAAAAACUGCACAGAAAGAAGAGCCUGCAUCACCGACCGCCUUCAGAGGUACGUCAGAAGCAAGAUCCUUCACUGUUUCUCUUCACACGCCUGCCACUCACACGUGCCAUGUCGUCCCUGCAGAUGUCUGGAUCUCUCCCACUCGCGGCACCACGGCCUCAUCCGGCGGCCAUUGCAAGCCAACCAGUCGGCAAUGAGAUCCUCGGUUUCACCAUGGAGACCAUCAAAGAGAGCGGCACAAUGCGGCUCGUGAACAAGCACGACUUCCAGCGACAGCUCCUCAACCGCACCUUCUUCCAACGGUGGAUUGGUGAGCGGCACCCGGCGGCUCUCCGCGCAUUCAUCGUCUUCGACGUGCGCCGCGAGGCCAACAUCCUCUUCGUGGCGAUGUGCCUGGUGCGUGACGGCGGCAGAUGGGACGACUGGCCUGACUAUCUGAGCGUGCUAUCGGCUGCUCGUGAGGUGACUCUGCCGAUCCGCAUCACCGAUGCCGACGUGGAGCUGCUGCGGGCGUCUGUGCCCCGCCUGGUCCACUGGCUCAAGACGAGUGACCGUGAAGACCUCAAGAAUCAUCAGCACGAGUGGCUGCAGCCGCGCUUUGGCCCCAACGUCCGGCGCAUCAUCGUCCGUGGAGAUGAACAGCGGCAGGCGACGAGGCAACGGAGCGGCAUCGGACGACCGCCGCGUUUCGUGGACGGCGGCAUACUCUGGAGCAAGCCGCCUGCCAGGUGCAACCGAUACGGCACGGAUGUGCUGUUUCGCGACUUCGCCUGCCGUCAGUCCAUCCGCGUCGGACUCCGAUUCUCAUUCCGCAGCCCGCCAUCGCCCCCUCAAAACGGUGUAUGUCUGACUGUGCUGCGGUUCCUCGCCAAUCAGGCCCGCCCACUCACACCCACAUACGCUGCGCGGCUUGAGAGGCCACCAGUUAUGGGAGGCGUGUCUUCUCCAAACCCACGGCCAUAUGUUUGGGUGCUGCCUGAGGGCGACGAUGGCCCUCCGUGCGUCGUGUCCCUGCUCAGAGACUUCCCCCCGUCCUUCCCCACUCUUUCCAUCCUCGACAUGGUCAUGACGAGCCUGAUCAGCCCCCAGCACUGGCAAGACAGCACCGUCGACUUUCCCCCUGUGCCCCUUGGCGUUUUCCCGCCGUUUACCAUCCUUCCGACGUGGGUGGUGGGCCAUGCCGACGCAAUGUCCGACGGCGUGGAGCGCAUCGCCUCGCCGGCUGGGGCUGGUACUGUGAGUGUGGCGCCGGUCUUGUCGUUCAUCCGGGAUCAGCUCAACACCAACGGCCGUCGGCUGGUGCACCAGGGGGUGAUCGACCUGCUGACGUUCGUCGAUCAGCUGGGAGCGUUCUUCCCGCAGGAUGGCGUGACGGUGCGGAGGUCUUUCCUUUUGUACCGGCCGGAGGCCAUUGACUGAGCUGGCAGGGGAGAGGCCUUGAUGAUCUAGUUAGCCGCACACUUGUGUCUGUCUCUGUCUGCCUGUCUGUCUGUCUUGCGGUUUGGCUGUUUGGCUCCUUCCACCCAUCCACUCACUCACUCACCAGUCAUAGACACACGCAUCCCACCCAGAUUGGUAUGUCUUUCCUCCUUGGGUGUGUAUGGCUGCUGUGUCGGGGGUGCGUGGCUGCUGGUCGAUUCGGUGUGUGUAUGGGUGGGUGGUGGAGUGUAUCGGUGAACAUGGUAUGGUAUGACGCCUGCCAUGGAGGGUGUCACGCCAUGCCAUGAAAUGAG